CUACUUCCGUUCCCUACCGAGGAAGCAAACAUCAUGGCUGGUGAUAAAAGUGGGGGCAGCGGUAAGAAAGGCCUGAAACGAAAAGUUGCUACUGAAGAACCUCAAGAGGCUGCAGUCGCUGAGGAUGGGACGACAGAAAGUGGGGUCCCACCCCCGAAAGCGACUGCCUUCCCUCCAGGCUUUAGCAUUUCGGAGAUUAAGAACAAACAGCGGCGACACUUAAUGUUCACGCGGUGGAAACAGCAGCAGAGAAAGGAAAAGUUGGCAGCUAAGAAAAAGCUUAAAAAAGAGAGAGAGGCUCUUGGUGAUAAGGCUCCACCAAAACCUAUACCCAAGACCAUUGACAACCAGCGAGUGCAUGAUGAAACCAUAGUAGACCCUAAUGAUGAAGAGGUUGCUUAUGAUGAAGCUACAGAUGAAUUUUCUUCUUACUUUAAUAGACAAACUUCUCCCAAGAUUCUCAUUACAACAUCUGAUAGACCUCAUGGGAGAACCGUGAGACUCUGUGAACAGCUCUCUACAGUUAUACCAAAUGCCCAUGUUUAUUACAGAAGAGGACUUGCUUUGAAAAAAAUUAUUCCACAGUGUAUCUCCCGAGAUUUUACAGAUCUAAUAGUUAUUAAUGAAGAUCGUAAAGUACCAAAUGGAUUAAUUUUGAGUCACUUGCCAAAUGGCCCAACAGCACAUUUUAAAAUGAGCAGUGUUCGUCUACGUAAGGAAAUUAAGAGAAGAGGUAAAGACCCCACAGAACAUAUUCCUGAAAUAAUUCUAAAUAAUUUUACAACAAGGCUGGGCCACUCUGUUGGACGUAUGUUUGCAUCCCUCUUUCCCCAUAAUCCUCAGUUUGUUGGAAGGCAGGUUGCCACAUUCCACAAUCAACGGGAUUAUAUCUUCUUCCGGUUUCAUAGAUACAUAUUCAAGAGUGAAAAGAAAGUGGGAAUUCAGGAACUCGGACCACGUUUUACCUUAAAGUUAAGAUCUCUUCAGAAAGGAACCUUCGAUUCUAAAUAUGGAGAAUAUGAGUGGGUCCAUAAGCCCCGAGAAAUGGACACAAGUAGAAGAAAAUUCCAUUUAUAAAAUACUAAGGGAAUAGUAUUGGAUUUUGCUAAACACCUAUCUUGAACUGGUGACAGACCAUUUUCAUAAGAACAUUUCCUAAUUUCUUAAAUCUUUUAUGUCUAGGCAAAUUACCAAAUGCCUGCCAUUGAGUUCCAUUUUUAUUAUUAUUUACAGCAAAUACAAAUAAAAGUCAUUUUGGUGUGAUUUUA